AUAACUAUUAAAAAAUGACAAGGUAUAAAUUGCAAACAAAUACUGAUUCCGCCGCAUAAGAUCGUUAACAUUUUCCACAGUCCCGCAAACCACCAACCUCUUAGGUCGUUCGUUUUUCUCUGGUUUGGAAGCAUCAAGAACAUGCCACCAGCACGAGAGCUUCCUGGGUUCUACUUUGACCCAGAGAAGAACAGGUAUUUCCCCAUCAAAGGUCCCAUUCCUGGCUCUUCUUCUUCUAAGACCAAAAUCAUUACUCCAAGGCCUUCCCAACCCUCUUCCUCUCAGUUACAGGAAAAGAAUAGGAGUUCUUGCAGGAAGCUUAGAAACAGAACGUCUAAGCUGCUGCAGAUUAGGGAGUUAGAUGGUCGUCAUGUCAAUGCCUCACACUAUUGCAAGUGUAACUUCACUGAGGAACUCCGGAAAAUACAAACAUCUCAGCCUGCCGUUUGGAAGUAUCAGGGAACCAAUAGGAUUGGUAUUAGUGCUUUGGAACACUUAAAUGUUGAUGUGCAGACAGCAGAGGGUAGAUUUCGAACUGAUGUUUUAUUGAAUGGCAGCAUAAAUGGCUCGCUGAGUUUUUCUGAAGUUGGAAGGAUUGGGCAAAAUUUCGAUGAUGGGGUAAAGUGGAUGCCUGAUUGUGUGAAGAGUCGUAUUAAAGGGAAAACAGAUGAGCAUAACGAAGUCCCAGGGCCGCUUUUCAGACCUAAUGGAGCUACACUGAUUAUGUCCUCCAGAAUAUCUUGUAUAAGAUUGGGUCCAAAUGUAUCCCCUCAUGCUGCGAAUGACAAUCCAAUUGUUGGAAAUAUAUUAUUUACUACGCUGGGAUCAGAAACAUCUGGUGGAUCUGUUUAUACCAUCAGUCUUGUUGAUCCAAUAGAUCUUGGACAAGGAAUAUUGAACACAUGGAGCAGACUAGAGGAAAUAACGUCUUUCAAUAGUACCCUUUGGACAGCUGAAUACGAUUAUAUUAGACAUCGGGCUAUAAUUGGUACUAAUCAGGGAGGUGCUUCGGUGGAUCUUCAAAGUGGGACAAGGUCAUGGUUUUUACGUUGUAAAAGUGAUGUUUUUGCACAACAGAUUGUUGAUUCAGGAAAUGUGAUUUUAUGUGGACUCAGAAAUGGGGCAGUUGUCUCGGUAGAUUUUCGAGAGAAAAGAUUGCUUUCUAGUAGACUUACUGAGCAUAGGAUAUCAUAUGUAUCUUCAAAUAAGAAAGUUGGAAGUUUUAAAAAAGAUUGGUUCAAGCUUCAAGGAAGCAUAUAUCCUUCACAUACCAUUAAGAUGCCUUCAUCUAUAUCCAGUUUGGCAUCACUUCAAUUUGAUGAUCAGUACUUCUUGGCAAGCUCCAUGGAUGGAUCGAUAAGGCUAUACGACCGUCGCAUGGUCCAGAGGGGUGCGGUUCAAUCUUAUGAAGGGCACGUGAAUUCCCAUACUCAAAUACAGCUCGGUGUUGACCCAUAUGAGAGAUAUGUUAUGUCAGGUGGAGAGGAUUGCAAGCUACGGAUAUGGAGUAUCAAGUCUGGUGAAUUGCUUUUGGAGGAUAAGUUCUCUAAUUCAGUUCUCUCCACUGUGUGCUAUCAAACAUUUAAUAAGUUUAAAGCAGAAGAAGAAAACCAAUACACACAUGACUCUUCUUUGGGUGCAUGGCUUGGAUCACAUGAAGGACUAUUCUAUAUGCACUGGUUAUGAGUGUAAGGGAUCUUGAUACCAUGGCCUGUAGGUCCAUCCUGGUCUUGGUAUAAUGAGAUUAAAUAACUUGUAGAUAUGCUGAUUUGGUUUAUUUCCUUGUUAAAGAUUUUUAUUUGAUUAGAGCUAGAAUUUUGAUAUAGCAAGUAGAAGAGACGACCAUUUACCUUCUAGAAGUAGUGAUAUUUAUCUAGUAUUUACACAUACAUGCACACAAUGAAAAGGAAAGAGAAUGAAAAAAAAACAUAAUUUUGCUUGGCUUUUUGGCAUCAAGGUUUCUUUCUAUGUAGAUCAUCUUGUUCA